ACUCCUCACAGUCAUUUCUUAAAGCGCUUUGUUAUCUAUGGUUUAGCAGUAGGUGGAAAGAAAACAAAAUCACCAGUCUUAUGAAUGUGAGAUGCGUUGGUAUUAUCUUUGGUUGUCUGUACGUUGUUCAUGAUUCCCCGGUAAGGGUGGGAGAGAGGUUGUUUGGCAGAAAUACGUCUAUAUCUAUGACUUUCCAGGGAAUAUGUCAAGUCUGAAAAUUGUUUUGAUUGCGAUGGACCGUGUCAGGUGACUUCUGCUUGCUCAUAGCGCACACAGGGCAUGGGAGAAAUGUUGGAUGCAAGAUCCCUUCGAGACCCAGGAAGUUGGCAAUCCAAGAACAGCAUUCGUGCUCCACCACACCACAUGGCAGCAAUGCGGCAUGGCAAAACCAGCCAAGAAGAUGUGUGUUAUGUGGUUGCCAAGUACGACUAUGCAGCUCAGGGAGCGCAGGAACUGGACCUUCGUAAGAAUGAGCGGUACCUCUUGCUGGAUGACUCAAAACAUUGGUGGCGUGUGCAGAAUGCUCGCAACCAGGCAGGCUAUGUUCCCAGCAACUAUGUCAAAAAGGAAAAACCUUCCCUGUUUGACAGUAUCAAGAAGAAAGUGAAGAAGGGCUCAGGCUCUAAGACUCUCCCCUCCAGCAACUCUCCUUCCAGAGCAGUCGAGUCUCCAACAAUGGGACGUCGGCUGCCUGCAGACCCUGUGGAGGCAAUUGGGACAGCGGUUGUCAAGUAUAACUAUCAGGCUCAACAAGCAGAUGAACUGUCGCUGGUGAAAGGUACCCGGAUCCUGAUCCUGGAGAAAAGUAAUGAUGGGUGGUGGCGGGGGCAGAGCAAUACCGCAACUGGCUGGUUUCCCAGCAAUUAUACGCAAGAAGAGGGUGACAGUGAUGAUACACUCCAUACUUAUGCCAUGGCAGAGAAUGUGUUGGACAUUGUUGUGGCGCUCUAUUCCUUCUCAUCCAAUAAUGAUCAGGAGUUGGCUUUUGAGAAGGGUGAUCGCUUAGAGAUAUUAGACCGGCCGCCUGCAGAUCCUGAAUGGUACAAGGCUCGUAAUGGGCAAGGUCAAGUCGGGCUUGUCCCACGUAACUACCUGCAGGAAUUGAGCGAGUACUUGACUCAGCCAUACCGAAACCGUGAUGGUGGUGGCGAAAGACAAGACUCGCUAGACCGACGACAAGACGGAAGUGGAUCCAGCAUUGGGCGUUCACUAGACCGUCCACAUUUGGUGGGUAAGGCAUGGUACUAUGGCACUAUCACAAGAGCGCAGUGUGACAAUCUUCUGAACCAGCAUGGUCACGAUGGUGACUUCCUCAUCAGAGACAGUGAAACAAAUAUGGGUGACUACUCAGUGUCAUUGAAGGCCCCUGGGCGCAACAAGCACUUCCGGGUCCAUGUGGAAGGAGCGCUGUACUGCAUUGGUCAGCGUAAGUUCCAUACACUAGAUCAGUUGGUGGAUCACUACCAGCGUGCUCCCAUCUACACCAACAAGCAAGGGGAGAAACUUUAUCUUGUACGACCCCUCCCCAAGUCUGCCAACAGCUGCUAAGUGCGCCCACCUUUGUCUCCUGGAAGGACUGAGGUCAAACAAAUUGCAUGUCAGUAAUCAUUCCUAGUUUGCUAUAAUUCACUUUUCUUGAGGGUCACACUGUGACUGUGGAAGUCAGAUGUUGCUCUCUAUGGCCUUCUUCCUGGACAGACAAUGAACAUAUCUUGUUUUUAAAAUGUUUGUGUUCCUGAGGCUGCUGCAUUUGGGUUGAAUUGUAGUCAUUAACCUGUAUCUCUGGAAGGUUUCCACAGCAUCAUUGAAUCAGAUAUCACGAAUAUAAGAAAUUAUUUGUAUAGUACAGUUUAUCUGAAGACACCUGCCACUGAAAUGGCAGUGAAUAUGCAUCUGGAGGUCUGAGUAUUUUUGGAAAGCAAACCUCGUGAAUGGUGCAAUUAUAAAUAUUGUUUUGAAAUUGAAACCUGUAAACCUGCUUGUAUAAUUAAGAACAUAUUAGAAAAUGAAAUUCUUCAAAAUUUCAUAUUACUACUACUAAUAAUUUGGGCAGUCAGUCAGUUUCAAUGGGUAUAUGAUUUUUAUUGCUUUCCCUGACAUUUUGUCUGGGUAGUUACAUUGUUCCCAUUAGAUAGUGAAAGCAAUACAUGGCUUACUCAUUUGGUUGUAGGUUUUAAAUGUUGCCUUAAUAAUAGUAAUGAUAGUAAUAAUAAUAAAUUAUUGUAGAUUAUCAUUUCACUCUUCAUGAAAUGUAGCAAUGCCCUGCUGUUGUCAAAUAUUCACAUAAUCAGUCUAGUUGGUACAAAACACUUUUAACAGUUUUUUUUUAUCACAGUGUUGCUAUUAAUGACGUAUGCUCUUUUUUGCAAAGUACAUAUGCCUAGAAUUAUAUGUAUUUAGAAAAGGAAGGGUGACUACAGAUCUACUUUUUGGAAUAAUACAGUUGACUGAGAAGAACUAGGAAUAUGGGAAAGAAAUUAGUGAUGAUAUUUGUAGAUUAUAAAAAAGGUGUUGGUGUGAGAAGAGAAGAGAUAUGGAAAAUUUGUGGAAAACUACGAAUUUCAACAAUCUUUUGAGAAAAGAGAAACAUAUGUGUGAAAAGACUCGGUUGUGUUAAGGCAAAUAAGAGAUGGUCAUUGUGGUUUGAUACCAGAUUGGAAGUCAGACACGGAAAUGUAUUGUCAUCAGUAUUGUCUUAUUUUGUAAUGAUCGAAUCUGUAACACAACCAGAGAAAAAAUAAAAUAUUUAAAAGCUUUUAUAUAUUCAGAUGAUAUCAAGAUAUGAUAUAUGCUAUUAUAUGGGAUGAAGAUAUGAAGGAACUUGAGAGAAUGCUAAGCAAUAUGGACUGUAAAUAAACCUAGAGAAGACAGUGGUGUUAAAAUUCUUGAAGAGAAUAAAAAGAAAAUAGUCAAAAUAAAUUUAAAAAAGAUAAAAGAAGUAGCAAAAGUUAGGAUUUGAGAUUUUCAUGGCAGUGAGUCUGAAGAUGGUUGUCUUCUGGUUCGUUCCACCGUGUAGUGUGGUAUAAGUUUUCCGUUUCAAAGGUCUACACUGCCUCCAUCAUCAGGGUGGUGAUCUCCAUGAUGAUAGAGGCAUCGAGGACCUCGGAAACAACGGUAAACUUCUACCAGACUACACGGUGCAAUGACCCAGAAGACAGCCAUCUUCAGGAAGAUAAAGUUAUCUGCUUCAGAAGUGUGGUGGACAAAAAUGGUUAGACCCAGAAUGAGAUGAAAAAUUAGAAAAGAUUCAAAAUUUUGUCAUGUAGCUUAGAGUUUGUAGAACAGACAGGUAUAAAACAUAAAAUUACAAAAUAUAAUGUGUACUUGAAUAAGAUACUAUUAUAUGGAACAGAGGCAUGGAAAUGUACUAAGAGAGGGGAAAGUAAACUACAGGCAUUUGAGAUAAAAUUCCUGAGGGCAGUAGUGAGGAAAACCAAAAGAGAUAGAAAUGGAUAAAAACACACAUUAGAGGAGAGCUGAGGAUGGAGGAAAUACAGAACCAAAUGAUGAGAAGUGUGUUUGAAGAAUGGAUGAGCACAGGACACCAAGAAGAUCAUUAGAAAUGAAAAUGAGUGGAUGAAGACCCAGGGGCACACCACACACUAUGGAUAGACCAAGUUAAGAGAGCUGUACAGAGGGGAGGGCAGAUGAAAUGCAAAAAUGUGAAGACAGACACAGUAGGAGACUGCUACACUAAAGUUGACACACAAGUGACUUAAGGUAGAAGAAAAAAACCAAGCUUAGAAGCAAUGGAUGUUUUGAACAUGCUUAAUUAUAUUGACAGAAAAUAACUUGAGAAAAAGUUGGAUGAGUGAGACAGUUGAAGGUACACCAGGGCUUCAUUCUGUUUGGAAUAAAUUCAGUAGGUAAGUUGUGUAUCUCCAUUUCUUCAUGCAAGACUAAAUCUGUGGUCUCAAGUUAAUUAUAGAAUAGAUGGACAUGGUUCAGACCAUGGUUAUAUAUUGUCUGUACACUUAACUUAUAGUCUGUAAUGUAGCUGGAUGGCCCGCAUUAUCCGUUAUCCCAUCAUACUAUAUCUUGCAACACUGUGUCAUAAGACUAACAGUCUUUUCUAAAUGUUAGAUAAGCCAUAGCAGUGUGAUAUCUUGCAUUGUCUGGGUAUGCCUUCUUGUCAGAAACGAAUUACAGUAUGGAGGAGACCAUGUCAGAAAUGCAAAUAAUGCAUUAGAUAUUGUUGCCAUUAUCUUCGUGUGUUGAAUGAGUACGAUUUAAUGAAAAUCCACAUUAAGGAGAAAGUCAUGAAUAUUCAUAGCAGUAGAGAUGAUGACUUUAAAGCCAUUAAACAGUCAAGAACAGGGGGACAUGACAGGGAAACUGUGACUCUGGUGUUAACUGUUUGCUGCUAUUUUAUUCUGAAACAUGCCAAUGUAAAUAUAGGGGUACCUUAAGAUGUAACAGAUCAGUUUCUGAUGCCAGACCCUUCCCUUUCUCAUGUUUCCAUCUGUUUGUCACUUGCCUGGCCUCAUUUUAAUGCAUAUGGUGUACUGAACAUAUACACAUCAAGUGGAAGGCCUUAUCAAAUUAAGCAAACAUCAGUUGCCAGCCUGCACUCUUCUGGCAUGGUUUCCAAAUGUCAGGAAAGUCAGAAUUUUUUUUGGAUAUAUCAUGCUAGUCAGGAUGAUAGCAAGACUUAACUUUUGAGACACUUCUGAUUAAUGACUGAUAUAUAUGUUCAUAAGACAGACAGCAGCAUGUGCCAUUUUCAACUACAAAAUAAAUUACAAGUAAAUGACAGGAGCAAAAAUUAUGCCAAUAUUAGACUUUUUCUAUUUAGAAGAAUUUGAAAAGAGCGAAGCCUGAUGGUUUCUUGCAAAGAAAAUCAAAUUAUCUCCUUGUAAAACUUCUAAGGUUUUGUAGUUUUUCUGCUCCACUGAGAACAAGGGACAUCCCAUUAUCCUGACCCUAGCCUAAAACUUUAGUGAGAAUGUGUAACCAUCCAGAAUUUUGGUUCACCUCCACUCUCCUCCUCCUCCUCCAAAUGAUGUGAUAUGUUCAUGACUUGGUGUCAAGUUCAUGUUUUGUGAUAACAGGUUCACAAACAUUUUAAAAUAUUAUAGAACUUCAUGUACAAUACAAAUUUAACUAGUUCCUUUAUUGGCAUACAGCUCUGUGUCAUACAAAUUUCUUUCUCUUUAUCUCCUGUAUUAUAAUCUAUUUGUUUAUUGUUUUGUUUGGAAAAUAGACAUGCAACCCCAUGAACACAAGUUCAGUUUCUUGGAAGCUGGCCUAAUAUUGCCAUGCAUUAUGUGGUAGAAUCAGCAAGAUUUGUAAGUGCUUCACAUUGCAUUUUGAUGGUAUGUGAUUUACAGCUUGGCGUUUUCAGAGGCCUAGUGCAGCAAUGGUGAGGACAGUAUGUUAAUGGGUGUUGAUGUCUUAAGAAAUUGUAAACAUUUCCUGAAUCAUGAUUCUGAACUCGAACUUGUGGUGUGGGGUCUGUAAAUUAAUUUUCUUCUUUUUGAUGUUGUGACAUUUGUACAGUAUUCAUGCAGGAAGUUGUGAUAAGACUGUUUAUGCUUCAAGACAUCCAUCCCAGAGAGAGCAAGAAGGAGAUUUGGGCUGCUGAAACAGAAAGUGAUGAAAUGUGAUGGUGGUGUAGCAGUCCAAAAUUUAAUAUAUUUUUAAUUAUCUAAGUAAGCUACUUCGUGUGUCUUAAGUAUUUAAGUUGCCACAGAAUGUAAUCAGGUAUAUGUGUGUGAGUGCAGAGGCUUAUUGUGUACUACUUGGCAGGUUUGUUUAUGCAGUGGAUCUAUUCAGUAUCUCUGUGUGGCCCCAGAAUGCUUCAGUAGAGAUGUCAUUAAUAUGACUAGAGAUCAGUUCCCACUUGUCAGAGAACCAUGCUGAAGCUUACAGUCACUGCACUGCUCAGCAGCUAUAACAUGUUGAAAAAUGUUAUUUGCCAUCUUUGAAGGUUGUAGAUGUGUUUUUUAUUAUUGUAUUGUGUGUAUUGUAUAAUUUAUUAGGAUGAGUGGUAGCCUGAACAUUUGCUGACUGACCACAUGAUAUGUUGAUAGGGGGUUGUGAGAUCUGUACUGAAUACACCUAAUGAAUUAGAGUAUUGUGGCACCAACUCCUGAAGUCAACCAAAUCAUGGAGUGUGUCAGCAAAGUUACGGGCUUCCACGGAAGUGUAUAUAAUUAAUUUUAUAAUCAUACAUUCUUAAGUUUUUGAAGCAGUGCCACCGUUGCAUUUCCUGGAAAAAAAGCUCAAGUGUUGUCAUAUUUUUUGGUGUAUUUGAUGCAGAGCUUCUCACAUUUAUAGCAGGAUUAAGAUGGGUCACACAGGGUCGCAGUAGCAAGGAUAUCUUGUGCAUGCUGUCGCCAGUUCAUGGUUCAUGUUGUACAUAAGACCCUCACUUUGGUAAUUAAUGCCAUGUCAUCAGCUGGCUGUCUACUUGACUGACAUGGGAUCACUGCUCUGUCCAGAGUCCCAUAAUUUACUUUACUGUGAGGGUGUGUCAGAUAUGCUGAAUAAUAUGGUGCAUGCCCUCAAUAGUCAGCCCCUGUAUAUAUAUAUAUUUGUGUGUAUUGUAGUCAAACCUGUGCUUUCUGUGGAAGUGAACAAAUAUUCUGUGCAUGUACAGAUCUGAGUCUGAAGGAAGUGUGUGUGUGUGAGAAACAAACUUUUACUGAUGAAGAUUUAUUGUGUUUUGCUCAUUUUUUCCUUCCCCCAAACUGGACUGCAGUCAUGUUAUGCUGCUUUGAUAUCUUCUUCAUAUGAUUGGUGUAAUAUUUUUUAAUUUGCCUAAACAGUAGAACAUUUUGUAAACAAGUCUUCUGAUAUGUCAAUAUUUAGUAAAGUUUCUUGAUUGUAACAUCUGUACCUUGUGGUGUUCUCAUGGGUGAAUGUCACAGGUAAUGAAGUCUCUUUUUUAAUCUGUAAUACCUUAAUCAGCAGAUUCGUAUGAAAAUAUCACUAAUAGACAUUAAAGUGUCAUUAAAAUAAAAAUAUCCUGUAUCCUGCAUA